AUGAUUAAUUCUUCUUGUCUUGGCCAGAAAUUAGAGAUUUUCUUUAGCUUUUCACGCAAAAAACUUUCUUGUUUCAACCAAUUCUUCUCUUGUCAAAUUCGCUCGUUUUUUCAUUUCUUCCUCUUCCAUGUCAGCCCUUUUUGGAUCCAGCUCAGUUACUUCAUAAUUGUCUCUCUUUUUGGUCAUCUAGCUUUGAUGGUCUCAAAGCCAAGAACUGCUUGGUUUAGGCCUAAGGACUUUGACAUGUUCUUCACGUCCGUCUCUGCCACCACAGUUUCAAGCAUGUCAACAAUCGAAAUGGAGGUUUUUUCCAAUACCCAACUCAUUAUUAUGACAAUCUUAAUGUUCGUUGGUGGAGAGGUAUUCACUUCCUUUCUUGGAUUCCAAUUUACAAGGUCCAAGUUCUCCAAAAAUUGUCCAAGUAGUGACCAAAACAGUGUUAAACUCAGCCACUAUUUUCCCGACCAUACUGAUUCUGACAAUAAAAUUGAACUUGAUGUAGAAAAAGAGAAACCAGACAUCAAUAAUAUUAUUGAGAAUGGUAGUCUUAAUUAUAGCUCCAUGAAGGUUUUGGGAUAUGUGGUUUUGGGUUAUCUAUUUGUGGUUCAUCUAAUUGGUUCUAGUCUUGUUUCAUUGUAUGUAAAUUUUGUUCCGAGUGCGAGGAAGGCACUCAAAGACAAGGGCCUAGAAACACUGACCUUUUCUGUCUUCACAACUGUUUCAACUUUCACAAAUUGUGGUUUUGUCCCAACAAAUGAGAACAUGAUAGUUUUCAAGAAGAAUUCAGGUCUCCUACUACUUCUCAUUCCACAAAUCCUUAUGGGGAACACUUUGUACCCCCCAUGCUUGUUAGCCAUGAUCUGGGUCUUAAAGAAAACAACCAAGCGUGAGGAAUUCAGAUAUAUAUUGAUGAAUUAUAGAGAUAUGGGCUAUGGUCAUUUGCUCUCUGGUCAUCACGCUUUGCUUCUAGCUAUGACUGUUUUCGGGUUCAUAUUGAUACAGUUUAUACUGUUUUGCUCCAUGGAGUGGAAUUCACAAGUCAUGGAGGGUCUGAAUUUGUAUCAGAAAGUCGUUGGCUCGUUGUUUCAAACUGUGAACUCGCGGCAUACUGGUGAAUCAGUAGUUGAUCUCUCCGGCAUCUCCUCAGCAAUUCUGGUUCUCUUCGUCGUAAUGAUGAAUCUCCCACCACAUGCUACGUUCAUUCCACCAAACGUUCAUGUCCAUGAGGAGUUCCCAGAAAAUGGGAAGCGAAGCCAAAAUCGAAAGAAGACUUUUAUGGAGUGUCUAAUCUUCUCACAACUCUCCUAUUUAGCCAUUUUCAUUAUUCUCAUAUGUAUCACAGAGAGAAAGAAAAUGGAAGAAGACCCCCUCAACUUCAAUGUUUUGAACGUCACCAUAGAAGUAAUAAGUGCAUACGGGAAUGUUGGGUUCACCACUGGAUACAGCUGCAAACGGCAAUUGAAACCAAAUAGCCUCUGUGUAGACACAUGGUAUGGAUUCGUUGGAAGGUGGAGUACUAAGGGAAAAUUCAUCCUCAUCAUUGUCAUGUUCUUUGGAAGGCUUAAAAAAUUCAGUAUGAAAGCUGGUCAAGCCUGGGACCUUUCCCAACUGAGGUCUUAA